CUUUGGAGAAAUGGAGAGAAAGCAAGGCAAAGGAAGCUUUCAAAAAAGCAGUGGAUGUCACAAGCGAAAUGGCCCUGAAGGCUUGCAGAGAAAAAAUAUCCAGUAUUUGGUUGCCCCAUUUGAGGCUGAUGCUCAGUUACCAUAUUUGAGUUUGAAAGGCUUUGCCCAGUUAGUGAUAUCUGAGGAUUCUGACUUGCUGGUGUUUGGAUGCAAGCAGUUUCAGGUUUUGUAUAAGAUGAGAAUGAAUGGAACUGAAAAGCUUAUCAAGAAGUGUGACUUGAACAAGAGCCUAAAAUUGAAAGAAUUCACUUUCGAGAAGUUUAGACUUAUGUGCAUUCUUUCUGGGUGUGAUUAUGCCAGUUCUUUGAGAGGUAUUGGUUUCACGCGUGCCAAACAAGUGGUCGAAAUGGCUGGCAGCAAGGGAAUGAGUUGGGCUCUCCAUAACAUCAGGGAAAUCCUUAAAAUGCCAACUCUGAUUGUACCAGAAAGUUACUUUGAAAAAUUUUUUUUUGGCUGA